CUAAUGGACAUCCAGAGCGCCAGCUCAGUGGUGCUGCAGGCUUUGACCCAGGCCACCAGUCAGGACACAGCUGUGCUGAAGCCUGCAGAGGAGCAGCUUCGCCAAUGGGAGACCCAGCCUGGCUUCUACUCAGUGCUGCUGAGAAUGAGGUGUCUGUGGACCCUCAGGCCUGGCCAGUACAACCCCUCUCGUCCCCUGAGGGGGGCUCAGCAGCACCCGUGUUGUCAUACAGCACUGGCUAUGGUGGUGUAGAUGUCCUCUCAAAUCCUUUAAGCCUUCAAA